CUAUUUAGUGCCACGUCUGUUUUGUGUGCUAUUAUUACUUGAUUUUGUAACUAUGAUCAACAAAGAGGCGCUGAAGAAGUAAACUUUAUAAUGGAUUCUACCGGAUGUAGGAGGAAAUAUAUAAUUAUUAUUAUUAUUCACUUUGUGGUGUUUAUUACUACAUCAUCUCAUAAACUUUCAUCUGGAAAUAGGGUGAAUGUAAGUAGUGUGAGGGAGCUUGCAGAUAUCAUACUAGGGCAGCAUACGCUCCCCUCCUGGUAUCCUUCGUCUGUUGAUGCUGUGCUGGAGCAUGGUGAAGUAAGCCUACACCCUCAUAACAGAUGGCGAACACAGAUGGCUUUCUCCAAAACUGUUUACUCGUUUCAAGUGAAAGAAGACACACUACCAGGAACAAUCGUGGGAAAAGUGGAAACACAGUUUGAGAGUCUCACAGCUAUCACAUACUCAGUUCAGGAGGAUGACGGUGAGAACCUAUUCCUCCUCAGCCCUUUCUCGGGGGAGUUCCUAUUAACCCGCAGCCUGGAUUUUGAAGCACAAAGGUUCUACAUUCUCACAGUGGAGGCGCAGCAGGGGGAUCUGCAGGUAUCUGGUAUCAGGGUGUAUUUCAAUUUGCUAGAUGUGAAUGACAACCUCCCUGUUUUCAGUCAAGAUACCUUUUCUGCAGUGUUAUUGGAGAACACAAACAUUGGAACUUGUUUCCUGUCUCUGAAUGUGUCAGAUAAAGAUGAGGGUGAUAAUGGAAAAAUGACACUGAGAGUGAUCAGUGGUGACGACGAGGAAGUGUUUGUCACAGAUUCCACUGGUACCUUAUGCCUUAACAAACCUCUGGACCGGGAGAGACAGUCCUACUACAAUCUGACUGUGGCAGCCAAUGACUGUGCCCAGCCUGCAUCUUUACAAUUCACAAGUACAGCGCGUGUUAUUGUGAUUAUUGAAGAUGUCAACGACAAUGCUCCAAUGUUUGUGUCAGCCGAAAGUGUUAGUAUACCAGAAGACACUGCACUGCAUUCUGUUGUAAUAACUGCUCAUGCUGAGGAUGAAGACGCUGGAUCCAACGGGAGGGUUUUGUAUUAUUUAAACACCUCCGGUGGGAUAUUCAGCAUUGAUAACAGAAGUGGAAAGAUAUACCUGGAGGAGUUAUUAGACAGAGAAGAAGUAGAUACUCUGACUGUUACUAUAAUAGCUACUGAUGAAGGCUUACCCAUGCUGGCAACCACUAUGAAACUCACAGUGCAUGUUGAGGAUGUGAAUGAUCAUGACCCUGAGUUUUUACAAAGCAGUUAUAACCUGACAGUCAGAGAGGAUAUCCCCAGGGGAACAAGCCUGCUGCAGGUUCAGGCUCACGAUCAAGACAUUGGAUCCAAUGGACAAGUACGGUACAUGUUGGCCCAGAUUGGUCCAUUUGUGGUGGACAUAGUUCGAGGAGUUCUCACAGUCAUGGAUGAACUAGAUAGAGAGAGGGACUCAAACUACACGUUGAUGAUAACUGCUGUAGAUCGGGGGAACAUACCCAGAUCUGCUAGUGCUGCAAUCCAUAUCACAGUGAUGGAUGUCAAUGACUUUGCACCCCAGUUUGUUCCAGAAACAUUGACCAUUCAUGUGAAGGAGAAUGAGGAGGAUCCAACUCAGCUAACAUAUCAGGUCUCAGCUUUGGAUGAAGAUUUAGGAAACAACAGUCAGGUUACCUAUUUUAUAGAGAAAGGAAAUGGAUAUAAUUUAUUUUCUAUCACUCCCAGUGGCACAUUUCAUAUUUUGCACACCUUAGACAGAGAGAAGGAGUCGCUAUAUAUAGUCACCAUCACUGCUGUUGAUUCAGGACUGCCAUCUCUAACAGGCACUUUGACUGUGCACAUCAUAGUUGACGAUGUCAAUGAUAACCACCCAGAGUUUACAGAGGAAGUCUACAACACCAUAGUGCCUGAGGACAGUCUUAUAGGCACUGUGUUUGCUGUGAUAAUUGCUUCUGAUGUCGACGAGGGUGUCAGUGGGGAAGUAAGCUAUUCUAUGGAAAACCUCAAUGUGCCUUUUGCCAUUGAUGAAACAUCUGGAGAGCUAUUUACAACAAACAUACUGGACAGGGAGACAGUGGCCAUUUAUAAUUUGGAAGUGACUGCGAGUGAUAAGCAUCCUAUUCAGCCUCUGUCCAGCUCUGUGCUUGUUACUGUACUUAUUGGAGAUAUUAAUGACCACUGGCCCCAGUUUGUGAAUGGGCCUUAUGUGGCCUAUGUGCCAACCAAGUUAGCUCCAGGCUCUGUUGUUUGUGCAGUGAGAGCAUCAGAUGACGACAUUGAGAUCAAUGCAGAACUACAUUAUUCGUUACAGGGAGAAAGCUCUGAUAUGUUUUCAAUCGAUCCUUACAGUGGCACUGUUUUCACUUCAGCGGCUCUACAGUCAGUGGAUGAUGUUAUUGUCACUGUGUGUGUGGAAGAUUCUGGGGAAGAUCCCAAAUUUGACACCACAACUAUUAGUGUCAGGUUUCAGAACAUCGCUGAUUUCCCAAAGAUGAAUGUGGAUGUUCUGAGUUAUUCCCUCACAGAGGAUGAGCGAGUGGAAACACUGGUGGCUGUGGUAUCUGCCCUGAGUAUUAGAGCUGAACCUGUCACUUUUUAUCUCGCUUCUGGAAACUUUGAAAACAUGUUUCACAUCGAUCAUUCAAGUGGAGCCCUGAUAGUAGAGAGACCAUUGGAUUUUGAGAGCAAAAAAGAUUUUUCUUUGUUGAUAGAAGCCAGAGACUCAGGCUUGCCUCCUUUCUCCUCUUUUUCUGAAAUUCACAUAAACAUCAUUGAUGCAAAUGAUAAUUUCCCACAGUUUACUCAAGCUGAGUACAGGUGUGAGGUUUUUGAGAACUCCCCGCCUACCGUGGUUUGUGAUGUACUUGCAAUUGAUGCAGAUUCUGGCUAUUAUGGCACAGUGCAAUACAACAUAACAGACGGAAACCACGGUAACUUCUUCACAAUUGACCCUGAAAAUGGUUAUUUGAGUACCACUGUAAGCUUAGACAGAGAACAUAUUCCUGAAUUUAAUUUAACAGUUGAAGCAGAAGAACUAGAAAACACGCUUCACAAAGACAAAGCAACUGUUAUCAUCACUGUUUUAGACAGAAAUGAUAAUGCCCCUCUAUUUUCUCAGAUUUUUCUCACAGAGGUGUCUGAAGAUACCCCUGUUGGACAGACAAUUAUAAAAGUCACGUCUACAGAUGUUGACACUGAUGCCAAUGCAGUGAUUAAUUACUCGAUAGUUGAGCAAAGUGAUGACAUGUUUUUUAAUAUUGAUUUCACCACUGGCUACAUCACCGUUGGAGGAGUUUUGGACAGGGAAAUGCAGGAUCAUUAUAUCCUUAAAGUAAGUGCAAAUGAUUCAGCAUGGAGUAUAAGCACAGAUGUGACUAUAGUCAUUUUAGACGUCAAUGAUAACAGACCAGUAUUUUCUGAACAUUUCUAUAGCAUUAUCCUCCCUGAAACAAAAGAUGAAGAGGCGUUUAUUUUGCAGAUUCUUGCUACAGAUGCAGACAUUGGGAAAAACAGUGAGAUUUUCUAUGUUAUUGACCCUCCACAUGAGGAGUUUUGGCUGAACGCUACCACUGGUGAAAUCUAUACAAAGAAGCCCCUGAUGUUACGUGACUGUAAUUUUGAAAUCUAUCAAUUUACAGUUACUGCUUUUGACCGUGGCAGUAUCUCCCUGCAUAGUAAUGUCACUAUCAGAGUAAGAUUAGAACAAUACAACCACCACCCUCCUAUGUUUUUCCCUUUACAACCCUUGAUGGCUAUUCCUUAUCACCUGGCUGUGGGAAGUGAGGUGGUCCAGUUUACAGCAGUAGAUCUGGAUGUCAAUGGCAAUAGUAGCAUUAAGUAUUUUUUGAAUGGAGGGAAUGCAUCUGAUUUCUUUUGGAUUCAAGGUGACACUGGAAAACUAAUUUUAAAUCAGACUUUAGGAGAGAAUGAAAAUCAGAUCCUCACUUUAAUAGCUGUGGCUGAAGAUGAGGGCACCCCCCCUUUAACAUCCCAAGCUGAAAUCACUUUCCAAAUUACUGGGAGGAAUCAAUUUACUCCGAGCUUUAGCAAAUCUUAUGUUACUUUCUCUGUCCCUGAGGACCUGCCUGUAGGAUCAGUAAUAGGAAAUAUUCAAGCAGAAGAUGGGGAUUAUGGUCCCAAUGGGGCGAUCACAUACAACAUUACCCCAGAAAAUCAAUUUUUACCACUAUCUGUGGGAGAAUUUUCUGGACUGAUAACACUGAUCAGAGAGCUUGACUUUGAAGAACAAAGUAUUUAUCAUUUCCAAAUUAAAGCUAAAGAUGAGGGCUGGUUCUCUAAAACUGGCACAUUAAAUGUCACGGUGUUAGUCAUGGAUGUGAACGACAAUCCCCCAGUCUUUUCAUCCUCAGAGUACAUAACAUCAGUUCGUGAAAACUCAGCUGUUGGAACGAAUGUUCUUGUUGUAACAGCCACAGAUAUUGACUCAGGUGCAAAUGCACAAAUAUUCUACUCUCUCAUUGGUGGCCAUAUAGAUAAAUUUGCAGUUGAUUCAGGAAAUGGCACCAUCACCACUUUGGCCAUGUUUGAUUAUGAGCAAGAGCAGAUGUUUGAUUUAACAAUCAAAGGUUCCAAUACUGGAGGACAUGCUUUAUUUAGUUUAGCACAUGUUGUCAUCCAAAUCUCAGAUGUUAAUGAGUUCACGCCUAGAUUCAUCAAAAAAGAAUUUAACUUCUCAGUACUUAAAAACGUGCCUAUUGGAACUGUUAUUGGAAAAGUGACGGCUACAGAUGGUGACCGAGGCUCUGAAGGUCAAGUGUUUUACUUUUUGUUUGCCAGGAAAAAAACAAAGAGCUUUGAAAUUCACGAACGUUCUGGAGACGUAUAUACGACCAAUAGUUUGAGGAAACAAGGCAACAGCCAUUUAGUUUUGAAAGUUCUGGCCAAGAACUCUGGUGUUAUUACUGGCACAGAUAUAGAUGAGACUUUUGUCCAUGUCAGUGUGAUUGACACAAAUGAAGCUCCCAUGUUCACAUCUCCACGCUAUAUGGCGAAUGUUACAGAAGACACCCCAAUUGGGACAUCUGUGGCAACUGUGAGUGCUGUGGAUGAGGACUCCAUUGUUAACUGGAAUCAUUUCUUCUUCACCAUUGAGCAUGGAAAUACGAAUUUCUCCUUCUCUAUUGAUCCAUCUAAUGGUAUCAUUUCUGUGAAUUCUCCACUGGACAGAGAAGUCUGGCCAGUCUAUAAUCUUACUGUUAUAGCCACAGAUAAUGGCUCUCCACCAGCCACUGGGACUACUAAUGUCAUUGUGACUAUUGGUGAUAUUAAUGACAAUGCCCCCAAACUCACAUCAACUGAAGCUCAUGUGAGAGAAAAUCAGCCUGAAGGCACCAUAGUCACUAAAUUAACUGCAUUUGACUCUGAUUUACCACCCAACCAAGGCCCUUUUAUGUACUGGUUAUUAGACUCCUCAGUGGCCAGUGCUUUUUCUCUCACUCCUGAUGGAGUUCUGCUCACCACCCGCCCAAUUGAUCGGGAACAAAUCUCUGCAUAUCAAGUGCUUGUGGCUGUCAGGGAUUCAGGAUUUCCUUUGCCACUAUCAUCAACAUCAACCUUCCACAUCAGGGUUGUGGAUGAAAACGAUAACCCUUCAAUGGCAAGAAAUAUCUUUAUUGAGGUGAAAUAUUUUGGUAGUUCUUUCCAAGGUGGCAUGAUUGGUAAUGUCCAUCCUGAGGAUCAGGAUGAGUCUGACAGAUUCAACUGCACCAUCAAAAGUGGGCCAACUCACAUGUUCACAAUCCUUAAUGGCACAUGUGAGCUGUGGUCUUUUCCCUUUCAAGGCGAAGCUACGUUUAACAUCUCCAUUGAAGCUACAGACCAGCUGCACUUUCCCGUAAACAACAGCGUCUAUGUUAACUACAAAGGUUUUACAAACGCUUCUAUAGACAAUUGUAUAUUAUUUUAUGUGUCAUCAUCUUCAGUAGAGCAGUUUUUGUCUAAUAACUAUUUGAGGUUUGUAAAAGCUCUGGACAGUCUGUUUAACCUACAAGCCUCUAAGACUCAUGUAUUUGGAAUCAAACAUAUUGGGUGGGAAAUCCUUCUGUUGGCUGCAGUCAAAAAUUACAACGGUCAGUACCUUAGCAGAGAGGUGGCGAGUGGUAUAUCAUCUGGACACAAGAAAUUACUGGAAGCUCAGAGCAAUGUGACAAUUUCUCACAUCACCAGUGAUCCAUGUCUGAGCAGCCCUUGUCAAAAUGGAGCAUCAUGCCACAAAAAUAUUUACAUCAGCCAGGAGGUUGCCGUCCUUGAAAGUGUAGCGGUCAUCUUUGUUGCGCCAAAGAAAGAGAUUUUUAACUGUACUUGUCCAUCCGGAUUUACUGGUUCACUGUGUGAAGAAGAAAUUGAUGAAUGUGAGCUAAAUCCCUGUGAGAAUAAAGGCACAUGUGUGAAUACAGUGGGAAGUUUCUUCUGUCACUGUCAGGUUGGCUUCUCUGGUUCCCACUGCGCUGCUGAUGUCAAUGGAUGCCUGAAGGUGAAGUGCCAAAAUGGUGGGACUUGUAUCCCCUCCGAGGAUGGAUAUCAGUGCCACUGUGUGCCUGGAUUUGGAGGAGAAACCUGUGAUGAGUUCAUAGACUACUGCAAAUCAUCACCCUGUGUUCAUGGUAUCUGCAUUAAUUCACAAACAGGAUUCUCUUGUAAUUGUCACUUUGGAGUCAGUGGAGUCCGGUGUGAGGAUCACAGUUAUGGCUUUGAGGAGCUGUCCUUCAUGGAGUUUCCACCACUGGAUCGUAGGACUAAUUUAAUCUCCUUGGAGUUUGCCACAGUGCAGAGGGACUCCCUCCUCCUCUACAAUCCAGGAGGUUCAAACAGCAGAGAGUUCUUUGCACUGGAGAUACUGGAUGGAGCAGUACAUCUCUCUUAUGAUCUGGGUUCAGGACCUGUGAGGUUGCAAACAUACAAGCAAGUUGCAGAUGGAUAUUUUCACAGUGUUAUUGCCAGGAGGAUUGGCAGCAUGGGUUCACUGCAUGUGGACAACUGCACAGAUGACGAAAACAAUAGAUUCUGUUUUUCAACGAAUGAUGGAAGUAUUUCAGAAAGGACACUUGAUGUUGGCAACAGUAAUAUGACCUUUGGAGGAUUAAGAACUACUGAAGCUAUUUUAGUGCAUCCUUCUCAGAUAAGAACCCAUGACUUUGUUGGAUGUAUCCGAAACUUUCAUCUUAAUGGCAUCCUCCUGAGACCCUCAAUGGCCCUAGCGGCAUAUAACAUCUUUGACAGGUGUCCUCGAGCAGCAGUGUCAUUAUGCUAUAGUGUCCCAUGCAAGAAUGGUGGUGUGUGUCAUGACCUUUGGUCCAACUAUUUUUGCGAGUGCAAAAGCCCUUUUACUGGAAAAAACUGUGACAAAGAAAUGUCAGAGGAACUUGUUUUGAAAUUUAAUGGCAGUGACCACAUUGAUUAUGUAAUUAAGGAGAAAUUUAAAAGAGACUACCUGAUGAAAGACAUUUUGGAUGAAAAAUUGGGAUUAAACAGAGACCAACAAACGAUUAACAUCAAGUUCAAGACCAAACAUGAUGGUGUGCUGAUGUUCAUCCGUGGACAGAGAGCAUAUAUUAUGCUGAAGAUAAAAGACAAGAAGCCUGUCUACAUUUUUGAAGAUGCACUUUUGGGACACCUGUCAGACUUCUCUGUGGACCCUCCUGUGGCUGAUGGGGUUUGGCAUCUCCUCUCCUUGUUCAGCAGGGGACAGAACACUUUCCUCUCUGUGGAUGGUAAACCAGUUUUGAACAUCACUGGCCAAAGUAUGGAUCUCACUCCACUUAGCAUAGAGAAGAUCACUCUUGGUGCUGCUCCCACAAGAGAAACAGUCAAUCAAUCAGGGUUCAGUGGAUGUGUGCAGUAUUUCAAUGUGACAGGUUACUCUCUGCCUGUCAGCGGACACAGCAUAAUGGUGGAUGUCAGGCCAAGCUCGACUCUCACCCAGACCAACUGCAGCUUUCCGCAUUUUUGCCUCCCUUCAGGAUGCUCUGAGAAGGAUGGUCCCAGCAGAUCUUGUCUCUCACACUGUCAAAAUCACUGGACAUGUGAACCUGUUGUGCAGAACAACUCCUGCAUCUGUUUACACAAUGUUACUGACCAUUUCUGUGAUAUAUGCAUCUCCACAAAGGAUAGCCAUGAUCACUGCUCUGAAAUGCAAGGCAACCUGCCACUGUGGCUCAUUGCCGUGGUUCUUCCUCUCAUCGCCAUUCUGGUGAUUGCAGUAAUGUGUGUUGGCCUUUACAAAGUAAGACAUUCUCAUUCAAGAUGUCAGAGUGCGAGCUUACCAGUGAAAACAGAGCAUGGGGCAGACAACAAAGCGUUUUCCUUUGAUGACAACACAAUGCCCACAGAAGCUCUGUCACCAGAAAAAGGGAACAGACCUGACCUCAUGAGUACCAAUCAGUCAAAGUCAAGUGCAGAGAUAUACUGUGAUAACAGUCUGUCAAAUGUUCAGCCAUUACCAAAGAGUGAGGUUGAGUAUUAUGAAGUCGGCAGCAUCUGUAGUGCAUUUCAUUCAGAUGAUACCUCACUGAAACUCAGCUGGCAGAAGCAUCUAUACAGCUCAAAAUGUGUGAAAGCUGAUCCGAAACAGUGGGGAGAUUUGAGGAUGCUGUUUGCAGGAUUUAAGAAAGAAAGCUCUAGUGAUGACAAAAGCUCCCCAAAGCCUCAAAAUGUUACUUUGAUAAAUGAACAGUUGCUGAAUAAGUUUCAUUCAAAACAGUCCCAGCAGACAGAUUCUUGUUACACAAAGAGAUUCAUACAGCCAGAAUUCCUGGAGCCAAUGCAAUGUCUCACUUUUGAAGAAAUUAGCAAGCUAAACACUCCUGUGAAAAAAACAUUGCAUCAAUCAGCUCUGAAAUGUGGAGCCACAGACCAAAUCACAAUGGUGGAUGAUUCAUGUGAAAGUGAAACGGAGGGCACGCUUAUGUGCUCAGAGUCUGAGUUCAGACAGUUUUCUGUUGUCACUGGUGGGAAUUACAUACAUGACCAUUCAUUAGGGCAACAACAGAACCUACCUUUCAACCCAUUCUUCAAACAAACAAGUCUAUCUGUUGAUAAAGAGAGUAUUCCCGUAGGUAUAUUUGAGCAGUGGGAAAAUAUUUUAAAUAUGCACGUACCUUUUAGCAGCUAUGCCCCUGUAUUUGAAGAUAUUGCAUGCCUAUCCAGUGAAGCCAGUAAUAGUAAUGACAUACAAAGUGACAUAGAAGAAAUUAUUUGAUUUUCAUAUCACCCAUAUAGAUUUAACAAAGGUUUCAUCUGGAUAGUCUAACUGUUGCACAUUCUAGAAUUUGUGAUAUUAUUAUCUAUAGUUAAAAUGUCUACUUGAUCAAUAACAUAACAACAUAAAUUCAUUACUGAGUGGACAAAGAACCUGUUCAUUUUUACUUCAUCAAUUUGUUGCUGGUUAUCUUGAAAGACUUGUCAGGUAAAAGUUAAUUGUGUAUCUUCAGAAUAGCCAGAGAUUUUGUCUCACAGUUCACUUUAAAUGAACAC